AUGGCAUGCCUGGGUUUCCUCCUCCUCCUCCUCCUCCUCCUCCUCACCAACACCGUGGCCCGGGGGGAGUACGGCGUGGUCCAUGUGGUGUCAGAGAACUGGAGCAAGGACUACUGUGUCCUGUUCAGCUCCAACUAUGUCACCCUCCCCCGCGACCUGCACCACGCCCCACUCUUGCCCCUGCAUGAUGGCACCACAGCACCCUGGUGCCCAGGCGAGGACUCCUUCCACCAGGCCCAGCCCACCUCCCCCAGCCAGCGGCCCCUCCGCCAGACCACCGCCAUGGUCCUGAGGGGCAACUGCAGCUUCUACACCAAGGGCUGGCUGGCUCAGGGCCAAGGCGCCCACGGGCUGCUCAUCGUGAGCCGCGUCAGCGGCCAGCAGUGCUCAGACACCACCCCGGCGUCCCAGGACCCCCGCCAGCCCCUGCCAGACCUCUCCAUCCCAGUGGCAGUGCUCCGCUACACCGACAUGCUUGACAUCUUCAGCCACAUCCGCGGUGGCGCCACGGUCCGUGUGGCCUUGUAUGCGCCCCCAGAGCCCAUCCUUGACUACAACAUGGUGGUCAUCUUUGUCUUGGCCGUAGGCACCGUGGCCGUGGGCGGCUACUGGGCGGGCCUGACUGAGUCUAACCGGCUGCAGCGGCGCCGAGCCCGAGGAGGAGGGGGGCCGGGCGGACACAACCAUCAGCAAGCAGUGGCAGCCCAGCGGGGGCAGGAGGAAGACGAGGAUGCCCCAGUGGACUUCACGCCGGCCAUGACGGGCGCAGUGGUCACCACGUCCUGCUCCAUCAUGCUGCUACUCUACUUCUUCUACGACUGCUUUGUCUAUGUCAUGAUCGCCAUCUUCGGCCUGGGCGCGGGCACUGGCCUCUACAGCUGCCUGGCACCCCUGGCGUGCCACCUGUCCCUGCAGCAGCACCAGUGGCUCCUGCCUGGCCGCCGGGCCCGUCUGCAGCUGCCUCUGCUGCUGCUGGCCGGCCUGUGCACAGUGGUGACCGUCCUCUGGGUUGCCUACCGCAACGAGGAACGCUGGGCGUGGCUCCUGCAGGACACGCUGGGCGUGGCCUACUGCCUCCUCGUCCUGCAGCGCGUGCGGCUGCCCACACUCAAGAACUGCGCCUCCUUCCUGCUGGCCCUGCUGGCCUUUGACGUCUUCUUUGUCUUUGUCACGCCCCUCCUCACCAGGACUGGCGAGAGCAUCAUGGUGGAGGUGGCCUCGGGCCCCACAGAUUCCUUGAGCCAUGAGAGGCUGCCCAUGGUGCUCAAAGUGCCCCGGCUGAGCUUCUCAGCCCUGACCCUGUGCAACCAGCCCUUCUCUAUCCUUGGCUUCGGUGACAUCGUGGUCCCAGGCUUCCUGGUGGCCUAUUGUCACCGCUUCGACGUGCAAAUCUGCUCACGCCAGGUCUACUUCAUGGCCUGCACGGUGGCCUAUGCCGUGGGCCUGCUGGUCACUUUUGUGGCCAUGGUCCUCAUGCAGAUGGGCCAGCCCGCCCUGCUCUACCUGGUGUCCAGCACCCUGCUCACCAGCCUGGCAGUGGCCGCCUGCCGCCGGGAGCUCACCCUCUUCUGGACAGGCCAGGGCAGGGUCAAGAUGCCCACUCGGCCUGUGGCAGGGCUCUGCGCUGCCCCUUCUGAGCAGAAGCAGGAGGAUGCAACAGAUGUCCACACAGCCAGUGGGUUUAAGGGGGCUACCGGCCACUCGUCAGAGGACUUAGACAGCAGCCUUGAGGAAGACACGGCUGAGACCGUCACCAUAUCUGAGGAUGAAGCCACUGGUCCAGAUAGCCACAGUGAUAGCUCCGAAGGCUGGAGUGAUGCCAACCUGUACCCUGAUGAGUUGCCCCGUGCCUCCCCUGGGGCCUCGGAGGGGCUGAUGCCACUAAUGCCGAUGGCCAUGCUGAUACCACUGAUGCCAUUGAUGCCACCACCCUCGGAGCUGGGCCACGCCCAGGCCCAGGCCCAGGCCCACGAUGUCGACCUGCCCUGGACCGGAAUCCACAAAAGGAAAGGCUUGAAGAUAAAGAAGAGCAUGUCGACCCAGGCCCCCUUGUGA